AUGGUUACAAAAGAUCCAAUAGACAAUGGUGAAGUCUUAGAUUUGAGUGUAAAAAAGGCGAAACCCAAACAACAGCGAAAAUCAACAAGUCUGUAUUCACAACAAUUAUCGCAGUUACUCUCGCCACCAUCAUCCACUACAUCAACGUCAUCCUCAUCUUCAGCUUCUCUAUCACCUAAAACAAGUGUCACCACGUAUCGUACAUCAAAAGCCACAAAACGUCCUAUCAUUGAAGAUACAUCACUAUUGUCAUCAACAACACUCGCACGUACAACAACAAAACGUCCAUUAAGAUUUCAAUGUAAAUACUGUGAUUAUAAAGCACCAUCAACAUCAUUAAUGCAAAAUCAUAUUUAUCGUCAUACCGACUUGACACCAUAUUCAUGUGCCUAUUGUGGUCAUAAAUCAACGACAAAAUCUACCAUCAUGGUACAUAUUGAACUUUGUCAUCCAAAUAUGGAAGUUAAAAUCAUAGAAAAUCGUGUACGAGAAACAGAUUUUUAUCGUGAUUUAAAUAAUGACAAUAACAACAAAUCAUCUUCCACAUCGCCAACACCAAUGCCGACUCUUACAUUGAAAAAAAAUAAAAUAAAUAAUAAAAACUUUUCAUUGUCAUCGUCAUCGUCGACAAUUAUUGUCGAAGAACCAAAAAUGAAAAAAUUACGUUCAAAUAGUUAUGAUGAAGUACCUAUUAAUGGUGUGGCCAUAUCAUUGAAAAAUAUUGCUGAUCCAAGUUCACCAUUAUCAGAUGAUUUUAGUGAUGAAACAGAAAAUGUUGAGCCACUUAUUGAUGAAGAUUUUGAUAAUAAUGGACAUGAUACCGACGGUUUAUUAACAAGUGAUGAUCAAACAGAACAACAGCAAACAUUAAAACUGAAGAUUCAAGUUGAAACGUGUAACACAAUUCAUCAUAGUACGAAAAAAUAUGACGACGCGAAAGUUGAUAAUGAAGACAAUGAAUAUAUAACAGUAUUCAAUAGACCAAAACAGUAUUUUGGUAGUUUAUAUGAGCCAGAUAAACAGUAUGCAUGUAAACUAUGUUCAUACACAACAAACCAUCGACCAUCAAUGGAAGAUCAUGUUUAUGUUCAUACAAAUGAGAAACCAUACAGAACUGAUGAAACUGCAAAAUGUGGUUAUUGUGGUGAAGAAAUUUAUACAAGAUAUGCGGCUACAUAUCAUAUUAAAUAUAAGCACGCUGGUAUGCCAAGAAAUUUUAUCCAAAAUAAAGCUGAUGUUACCCAAUAUUAUGUUAAUCGUGCAAGAAAAGAAGAUGAAAAAAAUCAAUUCAAAUUAAUUGAUACCCGUCGUGUUCGUUUGCCACAUAGAGAAAAAUCAAAAACUGAUCAAUCUCCAUCUAAAUCUGUCUCAUCUGCGGAUGAUGCAAAAUCAAAUGUUAGUUUAGUGCCAUUAUCAACCACUGCAAAUUCUUCUCCUCUACCAACAUCAGCUAUUGAAAAUCCACUAUCAUUUUUGAAUUCUUCAUCUAACCUCACAAAUGGUCAAGUUGAUUAUCGUUUUCUAUUAGCUUGGUCCUAUUACUUGGCAACACAAGCCUGGCUAUCACCUUUAUAUUCACAACAAGAAUCUACAACACCAAAUAGUAAUGUUCAACAAAAACAACAAUUUAUUCAGGCAAUGCAAGCUGCGGCUGUUUUAGCUGCUACACUAAAAACGCCUCCCAACAUGUCAUCAUCAUCAUCAUCGUCAUUGAAAUCUAGUGAAAAGAUAACCGAUGAAGAUGAUUCUAGUGACAAUGAAGAAGUAAUCUUAAAAGUAGAACGUUUUGAUGAACCGGAACAAUCGUCAGCUUUAGUUAAUAAUAAUGAUGGUACAUUAUUGAUUAUUAAAGAAGAAAAUGAAGAAGAAUAA